UGCAACUUUAAAAUGACAAAAGUUCUCAAAAUUAGAAUGCUUUCAAUGUCGUCAUUUCCACAAGUUUAAAGAAUGUGUGAAUUUUUAUUAGGUUCACUGCCUCUCCAUUAUUCUUAGCUGACUUCUAGGAAGCAUGGAGGUUUGCAUCAUAUAUAGAACCAUGGUUUCUGAGCAGGGAAGGAGGCCAUUCAACAAAUAUACACAUAUACAAGCUCACAGAGACAGACGGAGAUAUACAAAAUAGGUGUGGACUUAUAUUGGAGUGAUCUAUUCUGCUUAACUAAAGAACCAAAAAUUGGGACGGAUUUAAAGUGUGAUGGGAAAGGAGGUCAGGUUCCAGCCAGAGGGCUGCGAGCCCAGUGCAUCCUGGGAAUUGUAGUCCCGAGAGCGCCAGCAAUUCCACACCCUAGGAAGAACCUGACUACCGGCCCCAAAAGCCUCCAGGCCUUCCAGCUGGUGGGAGUUUCACUUCCUGAAACGGCUCAGCAGGAGCAGGAGCAGGAGCAGCAGCAGCAGCAGCUGGAGCAGGAGCAGGAGCUGGAGCUAGAGCUGGAGCAGGAACAGGAGCAGGAACAGGAGCUGGAGCAGGAGCUGGAGCUGGAGCUGGAGCAGCAGAGGCAGCCCCUGCCAUCCAGGAAGCUCUCCUCCUUGGGGCACUCCAGCCUCAGGCCGUGGGAGGCCUGUAGCUCAUAUUCUGAUGCCCCGGAUCCUUUGGAGUCCAGUUCAUCUUAUAUAUUCAUGCAGAUUUGGUAGGAUUUCUUCCAAGUUGACAGAGGCACUUUAAAGCUUCCUAGAUAAACCUCAAAGUAAUUUUUCUUGAUCCAGAGUGAGCGCCGCCUCCCUCCGGGCCUGCCAUGGGCUGUCGGGACGUCCACGCGGCCACGGUGCUCUCCUUCCUGUGCGGGAUUGCCUCUGUGGCGGGGCUCUUUGCUGGGACCAUGCUUCCCAACUGGAGGAAACUGAGACUGAUCACGUUCAACAAGAACGAGAAGAACCUGACGGUGUACACCGGCCUCUGGGUGAAAUGCGCCCGCUACGACCGGAGCAGCGACUGCCUGAUGUACGACACCAAGUGGUACUCCUCCGUGGACCAGCUGGACCUGCGCGUGCUGCAGUUCGCCCUGCCCCUCAGCAUCCUCGUGGCGGCCGCCGGGCUCUUGCUCUGCCUGAUCGGGAUGUGCAACACGGCCUUCAGGUCGGCCGUGCCCAACAUCAAACUGGCGCGCUGCCUGGUCAACAGCGCGGGCUGCCACCUAGUGGCGGGGCUCCUCUUUUUCUCCGCCGGCCUCUUGAGCCUGGCCCCGUCCAUCUGGGUCAUCUUCUACAACAGUCACCUCAACAGGAAGUUCGAGCCCGUCUUCUCGUUCGACUACGCCGUGUACGUCACGGUGGCCAGCUCCGGGGGCCUGUUCACCACCUCGCUCUUGCUGUUCCUGUGGUACUGCGCCUGUAAGGCCCUGCCCUCCCCCUUCUGGCAGCCCCUGUACUCGCACGCUCCCAGCAUGCACAGCUACUCUCAGCCCUACUCGGCCAGGUCGCGCCUCUCCGCCAUCGAGAUCGACAUCCCCGUGGUCACCCACUCCGCUUAGAGGGCGGAGGCCGUUUUCCGGGACAACUUUUCGGCCGUUCACAAGGCAGCGUCCGCCACCUGCACGGCGCCUUGUCUCCGACCCCGCGAGGGGUCUGACCCAGUGAGUGAACUUUCGCAAAACGGCCCUCUUACUUUCCGACUGACGCUUUCCCGGACUUGCCACGUUCCCUUUGAUCGUCCCCCUGGGAAGGUUUUUCUCCUUCUGCUCCCAUGUUGCCCUUGGAGCCUAUACAUAUACAUGCAUACAUGCACAUACACAUGUAUGUGUAAUAAACACAUAAACAUUACUAAUUCCAUGGCAUAUUCAUACUUGUGUUAAAUUGCCCUUUUUAAAAUUUGGAUUUCAUAUAAAACCCACGGGCAUGUAUGCGUACACGAACAAAAGAAGCAGUUUCUUACUAGUGUACUUUCUUUCAGCCACAGGAUCUGUCCUAGAAUUAUCUGAUCUUCCUAUUUGAAAAAAUGGAACCUUUUGUUACUUUUCUUCGCUCUAUAGUGAUGUGUUCUUGUAGAAUUAGAUGUUUUAAAGAUUACAAUUCAAGAAUUCUUUUUAUCUAUGUUCUGUCUCAUUGCCACAGUAUGUUUAAAACUAAAACUCAUUUUAAGUGAUAUCAAAUAGAAUCAUCCUAAAAAAAAUUUUAAGAGUUGUCAGUCAUAAUAGAAACCUGUUUCUCGGUCCUGAUUUAUUGAAAAUUGCUUAAUUUGAGUUAAAUACAGAACAAACAUGAUGGUCUUCAAUGCCCCCUUUGGUAACAAAGUUUUUUUUUCCCCUUUGAUACAACAGUAUUGCUGACCAUGUAGGAUACCUCCAAUGUACACCACAUGUCAGGAUAACAGGGUUAAGUAGUUUAUCUUUUUUUUUUUUUUUUUUUUAAUAAUAAUGGUUGGCAGGAAUCAUUUUUCUUUACUGAAUGUGUCUUCAACAAUACAGUAAAAUCAUUGUGGUCAAGCUCUUUGAAUGGGAAAAUGGUGGAGAAGUUAAAGUUUUGCCAGAAUUCUGACCUACUUCUCCUUGUCCUGAUUUGCUACUUACCUUUGACAUCAAGCAACAAGUAGUCAUUAAACAUCUACCAAGUGCUCAGUACUGAGUGAAGCACCAGGACGAUUAAAAGGAAAGAUCUCACUCUACCAGCUAUAAAUAGAAGGAGUUCGAUUAAGUCAUCUCUAUCAGGGUUUCUUAGUCUGGGGUCCACAUGUCCCUGAAGGAAUCCAUGGAGAGAUUUCAGGGAGAUCUCCUAACUUAGAUGUGAACUUAGAUGAGAAAAAAAUUCCAUCUUUAACUGAAAUUUAACAUUUCCUUGUUUAAAAAUGUGAUUCUAAAGAAGGGGUCCAUAAGUUUCACUGGACUACCAAAGGGGUCCAGGUCCCAAAAAAUGGCUAAGAACCCCUGGUUUAUAAGAUCUCUUCCAUCUCUGAGUUCUAUGAUACCACCUCUGCCCUCAAAAAAGUUUUAGCCCAGUUGAAUCAGGAUUAGUACAGAGAACUGAAAUAGCUUGGGUUCAUUGAUUACCUUGGUUAGUGGGUCUUAGUGAUCAGAUAAUGGUGAUCAAUUAAAUUUGAAGAGCACCUUAUAGGUUUUUAAAGCACUUUCACAAACUAUUUUGCUGAAAAGUGAUGAAGCAAUAGAUUUGGGAAUAUGGUAUAAAGAAUAUUCAGUGGAUAUGGCAUCAGAACCUGGGUUCUAAUCCUGGUUCUGCUCCUUUUACUGUGUGACCUUUGGCAUGUAAUAUACCUCUCUGUUGUAAAAUGAAGCUAUUAGACCUAGUGGAUCUCUAAAGGUCCCUUCCAAAUCUAUGAUUGUGUGCUGAGAGACAUUGCAUUAGAUGCCUUAGAUAGGCUUAAAAUUCUAGUCUCUAGUAGUAAUUUGGAGAUUAGAUAAUGAAGUCUUAUUAAGUGAAAACUAUCAGCCUGCAAGUAUGAAGAAAAGACUAAAGUUAGUAGAGAAGUUGAAAUUCUGCCUUGGAAAAAUGGUGAGUCACUUAGGAGAGUGAAAAGUUUUAAAUCCAAGAGACUCAUUUUCUUAUGAAGGUAAAUCAGCCAUGUGAUCAAAGUAAAAAAAUUCAGGGAUGUUGGUUCUUUAGAAUGCUUGAAUUCAGGUUACUGAAUCAAUUGUGCAGUUGGAUAAUUUGUUACACCAACAAAUUACUACUGUGUUCAUAAGGAGUUGUGGUACUUACUGAGACUGAAUGUACAGAGAACUAGGUACAUUGUACACAAACAAUUAUAUCUUUGUGAAGAUUUGAGUAUAAUUUUGGCAGGAUUGGUUUUUUAAGAGCCUAGCUGUAUUUUGUAUAAAUAUAUAUAGUACAUAUUAGAGAAAUGCAAACAUGUAGCUUCUUGAAGUACUGUCACUUAAAAAAAAAAAAAAGGCAUGUUAAGCUGUUGUUCUCAGGUGAUGGCGUCUGACUUUCAGCUCUACCCCUCUGCUGUUUUAGGAUAUGGCCAACUCUUAACCAUCCAUACCACUGAUAUGGAUGCAAUCAGAAAGAGUAAUGAUAACUGAAAUUUUGAGCUAAUUCUAAACUCUCAUAUUGAAUACCUUCUUUGUGUCUAACACCAAGUUAAGUUUUUGGGAAAAUGGGGAAGCUUACAGCUAGCUGGGAGACCUGAAUAAAUUGGUGUUUAAGGCAACAGUAGGUGCUCUAGCUUAUUGGGUAUAGAUUUGAUUUAACUUGCUUAUUGUUUCAGUCUAUACUAUCCUAAAUAUGUUAAAAAAAAAAAAAAAGUCUCUUUCUGAUCUUUUUCUGCAUUCCCUGCUGCUGCCUUUUAUCACUAUUUAUUUGGGAGCCACAAAGCAGAGGCAGAAGCUAUUUGUCUUGUUGCCUCUUUUUUCCCCCUCAUUAUUCCAAAUUUGCCAAUGAAUAUUUCCCACAGACAUGAUCAUCAAAGUCUCUUCUUCCUUGGAGCCAUCUUGGAACAGUAAAUCUUUUAGUGGCUUUCUUUGUUUCUUUCUUUCCUUCCCUCUCUCCCUCCCUCCUCCUUUCCUUCCUUCCUUCCCCCCCUUUCCUUUUUUCCUCUUUCUUGCCUUAUCUUCUUUUUUUAGAAUUAUCAUCAGAUUAUCAUUGUUUGGAGGAGGAGAGUAUCUCUUUCUGUGCUAAAGGCCUAUUGAUGUUGCUUCUGUGCUGUCUAUCACAAAAGGCAGCUUGGAAAACUACCUUAAAUGUUUCCUGGUGUGUGCCAUAUUUGGUUUGUUUCACUAUGGAAAAUUUUAUUGCUAAUAUUUGUAAAUGUAAGAAAAAAGUACCAUACAUUUUCUGUAAACUGUGAGGUGACUUCUAGAUACACCUAAUUCUGAGCCCUAUUUCUGUAUGUUUAUUAAAAGAUGUAUUUUUACAUA